AUGGAGAUACGUUUGAGCGGUCGGAGCCGCGGCUCCACGCACCCAUCAACACUGACGACUAACCCUUCACGGGCGCGCAAUGCCAAGGGCGGGUCGCUGCCGUCACCAUCUCAGCCCUCGCGGGCUGCAGGCCGGACUACAACCAGCUGCGAAAGCGCACGUCGCUUAGCGUUGGCGCGGGGCGGAACCACCGGCUGUCGCGGCCUGUCCGCAACAUCCGCUUCCGGGGCCUCAACCAUCGAACGGCAGGCAUUGGCAGGCCCGCCAGGCGACACACAGUUCCAGAGCACGGCCCUUACAGUCCCUGAGUCUCGGCCGCCCUCGGCCCGGAGCCCGCUGCCUGCGCUCUGCCGUCCGCCUCCUCGGCCAGUCAUGCUGGAGCAUCUGAGCUCGCUGCCCACGCAGAUGGAUUACAAGGGCCAGAAGCUAGCUGAACAAAUGUUUCAGGGAAUUAUUCUUUUUUCUGCAAUAGUUGGAUUUAUCUACGGGUACGUGGCUGAACAGUUUGGAUGGACUGUCUAUAUAGUUAUGGCUGGAUUUGCUUUUUCGUGUUUGCUGACACUUCCUCCAUGGCCCAUCUAUCGCCGACAUCCCCUCAAGUGGUUACCUGUCCAAGACUCUGGCACAGAAGACAAGAAACCAGGGGACAGAAAAAUUAAGAGGCAUGCUAAAAAUAAUUGAUUGGGUUUCCGUGAUUCAGCACCUGCUUUUGUUUCCUGUGAGAUUAGCUAAAUUGCUUUCAUACCCAGAACGUGAGCUAAAAUCACCUAUGCUCUUAUGGCACAGCUGAGUAUAGAUGUAGUUCUCUUUGUAUUUCAUUUCUAAUCUAGUUGGGUUUUGAUUUAUAAAUAGUUUAGACCCUCUCUUCAAAAUUUUGCUCUCAAAUGGAAAACAGAAAACAAAAGUAUGCAAAGUUUUUUGCAGGAAUACAGAAGAAAAAUGCCUCUUAAGUGAUAGUACAAUUCAUCUACCAAAGUUUUAUAAUUGUUAUGAGUUAUUAAACCAUUUUAAUGUUUCCAAUUAAAAAUGAUAGUGCAAGUCUGUG